AUGUUUGUUCGGGAGACCAAUGAGUGUGAGCAGCUUUACAGUUUGGAUGUACUCGGUGUUGAGGACAGCAGCGAAAAAGACCAGAUGGAGGUGCUGACUGACUUUCGAGAAAGUGUCACAAGGCAAGAGGACGGUCGAUAUGAAGUAAGUAUACCAUGGAUUCCUGGAGCCAGAUUGUACGGUACUAACGAACAGCCAAGCAGAAUACGCCUAGCCAAUGUCAACAAGAAGUUGAGUAAAGAUCGAUCAUUAAAAGUAGAGUGUGAAAAGAUAGUUAAAGAUCAGCUUGCCAAUGGCAUCGUAGAAAAAGCCCCAGAAAAGCCAGCAGAAAAACGUACAUAUUACAUGCCUCACAAGCCUGUGAUCAGGGAAAACGCAACAACAACAAAGAUCAGAAUGUUUUUUUUUAUGCUAGCGCUAAACCAGCCCCAUUGGCUAACAGUAUUAACAAAUGUAUGUUCACUGGACCGUCCUUGCAACCACUACUUUGGGACAUCUUAAUCAGAGCGCGUAUGACACCAAAUCUACUUCUGGCAGAUAUCCAGAAAGCCUUUUUGCAAAAUGGAGUUAAGGAAACGGACAGAGAUGCUUUUCGAUUCCUGUUCGAAAUCGAUGGAAAAGAGGAACAUUUCCGGUUUGCAAGAUUACCAAUCGGCGUCGAAGCCAGUCCCUUUGUGCUUGGAGCAACGUUGGGAUACCACCUUGAGCAACAGCCGACAAGAUUUGAGCAAACUGUGACAGCUCUUAAAGAGAAUACAUAUGUUGAUAACAUCAUGAAAACUGGAAGUGAUACUGACGACUUGAGGAAAUUUAAAGAAGAAAGCUUCAGCAUUCUUGAGGAUGCCAAAUUCCCAAUCCACAAGUGGGAAUCAAACAUCGUGUGCCUCGAAGACAAAAACAUGCCAAACCCAAGUAAAAUACUCGGACACGUCUGGGAUAAACAAGAAGAUACAUUAGAAUUCGAAGCAGCAACCAUGCCUGAGAACCAACCAGUAACAAAGAGGAGCAUUUUGAGUCGGUUAGGAAGAGUCUAA